AUGGCUUUAAAAAGAAUAAACAAGGAACUGAAGGACUUGCAGCGGGAUCCUCCUGCUUCAUGUUCAGCUGGACCCGUAGGAGACGACAUGUUCCAUUGGCAAGCCACUAUUCUGGGACCGAAUGACAGCCCAUAUCAUGGAGGGGUGUUCUUCCUUUCUGUCCAUUUCCCCACAGACUAUCCCUUUAAACCACCUAAGGUGGCUUUUACAACAAAAAUCUAUCAUCCGAAUAUCAACAGCAACGGUAGCAUCUGCCUCGACAUACUAAGGUCGCAAUGGUCGCCGGCCCUCACUGUUUCAAAAGUGUUGUUAUCCAUAUGUUCUUUGCUAUGCGAUCCCAAUCCCGAUGACCCAUUAGUUCCUGACAUUGCACACACAUACAAAUCGGACAGACAAAAAUACAAUGAAGUUGCUAGAGACUGGACGAAGAAGUUUGCAAUGUAA